AUCGACUGAUGCAGCUUAUUCUGCGAUUUAGCCCAUUUUUUUUAUGUGAUAGUUUCCGCAUAUGUUUACUUUAACUUCAAUUCCUAUGUUUACGAAUUGAAGAGCAAGUAGUGGUUUUAUGAUCUCGUUAACUUAACGAUGGCUGAAAAUAUUUUCCUUUUUGUGCCAAAUUUAAUAGGCUAUGGAAGAAUAUUGCUUGCUAUUAUUUCUUUCUAUUUUAUGCCAUUUGAUCAUGUGAAAGCAACAAUGUGUUAUUUGUUAAGUGGAUUUUUGGAUGCCAUUGAUGGUUAUGCUGCUAGAUGGCUAAAUCAAGGAACAAAAUUUGGAGCUAUGCUUGACCAGCUAACUGACCGUUGUGCUACAAUGUGUUUACUUGUAACCCUUUCGUGUUUUUAUCCAAAAUGGAUGAUUCUUUUCCAACUGAGUAUGACCAUUGAUAUAGCUAGUCACUGGAUUCAUCAACAAGCGUCCCUAAUGCAAGGAAAAACUAGCCACAAGUUUAUUGAUGCAUCUGCUAAUCCUAUUAUUAGAAUAUAUUACACAUCAAGACCUGUAUUAUUUGUCAUGUGUGCUGGAAAUGAGCUUUUCUAUAGUACGCUGUAUUUAGUUCAUUUUAGUGCUGGACCAACAGUACUUGGAACUGGACUUUUCUACCUGAUAUUGUAUAUUUCCACACCGAUUGCUAUUGUCAAGACUUUCAUAAGCCUUUUACAAAUGGUUAUUGCGAGCAUUAAUAUAAGCAUUAUUGACACCAACGAAAGAGCAAUUGAAGCUAGUAAAAAGGAAUAGGUUGUGUGAAGAUUAAUACUGUGAAAUCCUGGUUGAAUGAUUAUAUUAUUAAUUAAGAAAAUGUUUUUUUUUUUUUAAUAUUUACUGAUUUAAUAGAAAAUUAUAUUUUUCUAGCAGUGCUUUUCAAAUUUUUUUGAAUUUUUUCUUGUGAAGUAAUCUUUUGAAUGAAGAUACUGCCAAACAUAAAAUUUAUUUGUACUAUUUUUGUUCUUCAAACUAUUUUUUUAUGUAAAUUUAUAUUUGUUAAAUUUUUUAUUAAUGUGAAAGUAUUCUUUAAAUUAAAAAAAAUCAGCUAAUGAAUAUUUUUGGAAAUGAGUAAUGAAUAUUUUAACGACAAUUAAUAUAGUUUUAGGCUAAUAAAAUUGUUAUGUAAAAAAUGAUAAUAUCAAAUUGUAUUGGAAAAAAUCUAUAUGGAUUACAAUAUUGUUUCCACAUUGAGCAUAUGUGAUAAAAAUAUCUUGCUAUCAAUUAAAUGCAGACUUUAUCAGUGUAUUAAGCUUGUCUGUUUAAUUAAAUUAAAAUAAUCAAUAAUAUGUAGACAUUUAUAUAUAAAAUAUAGUAUGAAAAGUCAAGUUUGGAAUGCAGUUAAAAUUUUUUUCUUGGAAUUAGAGCUGCACAGUUAGAUGUUUAAACACUAGUUUAGAAAAAUGUUUUAUGUUUAUAUGUUAAUUUUCAAUACAUCUGAAAAUUAUUAUUAUUAUUUAUUUAUUUAUUUACUUGCAGCCUGCCACUACUUCCUAUUUUAAUGUUCGUGAAAUUCAGCUAUUUUUGUAUAGUACGUUUAAUCAAGAUUUCACAGUAAUUUGUUAUUAUAUAUAUAUUGUAAUUGUGUAUUUGCAUAUUACUUAAAGCUAAUAGAUAUUGCUGAUUGUAUAAUAGUUCCAUUUGUAUUUACUACUUGUUUAUUAUGUGAUAUGCUGAUUAUUCAGUGCUUUUUUCUUUUUUAUAUCUUGUGUUACAUCUUUUUCAUUGAAAAUUUAGUUUAUUUUUUAUAAAAGCUAAAAUGCUGUUGCAACAUUCCAUAUCAAAUGGUGUGUUUUUAUUUUUUUCAUAUUGCUGUAGAUGUUAUUGAUUUUUUUUUUUUUUUUACUUAAAUGCCUGCAUGUAUAAAUCAGAGAAAAUACUUAUUUUUGGACCUAAUAACUCAUUUAUUUAAAAGAAUGUGAAAUCUUUGAAAUAAAUUUUUGAUUAUUAAUUAUUUAAGAUUCAAAAGUUUGUAAAGAGAAACAUAUACCAUUUUUUAUCGCAAGAUUAUGAUGCUUACUUUCAGUAAUAAUUGCAUAUUUAUGUUUUAAAUGCAUAUUUAGUUCAAAAAAUUUAUAAGCUUUGUAAAACAGAUGGUGAUCAUGAAUGUAUGGAAAGCAAAAUUUUUGUGCCAUACCUUUGAAUAAUUGAAGAAUUUGCAUAAUUCUAGCUCAUAAUGAUUUUAUUUGUCAUUUAUUGCAGAUGGACAUCAAGAAAAUUGUAUGCUACGCUAUUUAAGUGAAAUAUAGUAUUUAUUUAUUGGAAUGAAUAUGAAGCUUUAUGUAAAGUUUUUCAUUAUCUCUUAGUUACAUUUUACAUAAUAGGGACUUAAAACUUCAUAUAUAAUAUUCUGAGCAAAGAGCACUUAGGAUGCUUAUUUAACUAAAUUUUCGAAAGAGGACUCUUUAGAAAAUUGUUUUAUUUCUUAAAUCUUACUGCGAGUUGAAUAUUGAAAAGAAUAUUAAUUUUCACAUAUUUAUUUUAGAUAAGGGACAUUUUAAAAAUAGUUUUGAAGUUGCACUUCAGAUGAAAUUAAUGAAUGAAUGAACUAUUUAUAUUUAUAUCCCUAAAACAUCCCUUAAAGAUUUUGUAAUGGUAAUUAAAUUAUUUUUUUGGAUUUCUUAAAUUACUAUUCUAUUUUAUUUAUCUGUUCAGUUUCCAUUUACUCCUUAGUAUUCCUGAGCAUGGUGCAAAUCAUUAUUGGUUUGAUUGAAGCUCAUUCAUUAAUUAAAAAUAAAUUUAUAUGAUUUGUAUAGUAUUUCACUAAAAUUGAUGUCAUUGAUGGGAAUAUCUUAGAGGAAUCUAAUAAGCAAAUUAAUUUUUAUAUGUGUUAUUUCAUUAACAACCAAUUUUUUAUGUUUGUUAUUUAUAAUUUAAUAUUUUUUAUGUGUAACUUAAGUAGGAAAAUUGAUUAAUGCGGUAUAGUAAUGUGGAAAAUCAUAUGUUUACAAGAUCUCAUUUUAGUGGGACCAUAUUGUCAUGGGUGAUUCUAACUUUUCACUAAUAGAGGAUUUUACAAAGCAAUUUUAUCAGGAAUUUCGGAUAUAAAUUUUGAGUUUUGUACAAUCAGUUUGCGUAAAGAUGUAUGCAUGCUGCACUUGUUAUCUGUUUUUGAUAUCAUUCAGUUAGAAUUUCACUGUAUAGUAAACCCUUGCUGAAUGUCGGAGGGUUACAUCAUUAACACAUUGCAUGUACAGCAAAAAUACAUUCCGCAAAGUUAACUUUCUAUGGUUAGGUAUAGUUCGGAUUAAGCUAUUAUGUGUAAUUUAUACUGAUUUAAUAGAAAAUUUCACUAAAUAUUAUUGUAAUUGAAAGAGGAAAAGGAAACAAAUGUUAAUUGAAAGGAUUUCUAUUACUGCCUAAUAAGUAGGUACAUGAUAGAAUAAUUUUUUUAAAUAGCCUCUGAUUUUUGCAUGUACAGCAAAAUUGCUUUCUGCAACAUUAACUUUCUAUGGGGAAAAAAAAAAAAAAGGAUUUAUAGUUCAAAUUAAGCAAAUAAUGUGUAAUUUACACUAAAGGCUCUUUCUUCACUAUUGUUCCUUUCACCAUCGGCUGGUGUUAUAAGAUUAUCCAAUUCUUCAUUUCUCAUUUUGCAAUUGUCAGUCUUGAUUAAUUCCUUAUUUUUCUUCCAUCCAUACCUGAAAGUCCUUUGCUGCCUAUUGCUUUUGCAAUAUGUACAAUUUCUUUCGCUUCAUUUUCAGUUGAUGGAGAUCAUUUAAAAUUGUAGACAACUGGCCUGAUGUCAACAAGCAUUCAUUGUUGAUGAAUUCACUUAGUCUUAUGAGAGUUUAAUCACUUCUGUGCAGUGGCUUAUGUUGAAUUGCUUCCCAGAUGACAUUAAUGUGUAGUGCUUUAUUUGCAGUAAACAUGCCUGACAUAAUAGGCUUUGAAUGUUUUUAUGAUUGCUUGAUAUGUAGAUUGGAUCAAGUGUUUGGUGGAAGGAAUGAAACCUCUUUAUUUCAAGGCAAUGUGGUGAGGGCUUCAGUACAGUAUCCUGGAGCGUUACUGAGAAUUAGAACUUUAAAGCUUAGUUUUUGCUGUUCUAAGUAAUGUCUAACUUCCUUAAUGAGUGAAGUCACAAAGUCAGUCAUUAAAGAGGACUAUCACAAUGCAGCCGAUGCUCUGCAGUCUACCAUGUAUAGUUGAAAUCCUUGCAUUUGACAAUUGAAGACAAUUAAGAUCAUAUGUACAUGCGAAAGCACAUUUGGCAGUGGUUUACUGUAAUAUGUUUUUUUGCACAAGCAAGUCAUUUCACAGUAUUCACUCUUUAUCAAUUCAAGUGGAAAAUGGGAGAUCUUUCUAUUAUAUCAUUUUCAUUCAUUGUUAAGUGACAUCUACUCAAAUAGCCAGCAUUUUAUUAACAAAUGUGAUUUUAUGAAUCAUAAUUUUUAACUUGAGAGAAUAUAAAUGCUGAAUGUUGUAUAGUAGGGAACAGGAAUUUCUUGUUUGGCAUAAUAAUUGUUUUUUGAUACUUUGCUUUAGUAAUUAAAUAAUAUUAUUUAUUAUCCACCAUGUAUUACAUAAUAAUUUAUCAGAAACAAAAUGUAAUAUAAUCAGUUUAUGAAUAUCCCCCAAAAUUGCUAAAACUUAAUUAUUAUACAUUUUAAUUAUGUUUGAAUCUUCUUUUUUAGUUAAAAUAUUUUGAAAUGCAAUUUAGAUUAUCUUCUUUAUUGAGUUAAAAUUAUUUUGAAGUGUUGGUCUUUGAAUAUUUUCAUAAAUUAGGGAUAGAUUUAUUUUUAUUUUAAUUAAUUAAUUAAUUAAUUUUUUAUAUUUUGUAUUGCAUAAUAUCAAUCAUAAUUUUUGCAUUGAGUUGCUGUUGGUGCUGGAAAAUGAAUGUUCUAUAAAGAGAUGUUUGUUAAGUGUGAAGUUAUUAUUAAAUACUUCUGAUUCCAGUUUAUAAAGCACCUAUUGUAUAAAUUUUAAAGACAUGGAAGCCUGUUAAAUCAUCUAUAUUUUCUUUAUUUGGGACAAUAUGCUAUUUAAUUGGAGUUUCAUCACUUUAGAAUAAGCUUCAUUCCAGUUAAGUGCAUUUUCAGUUUUUAAAAAAUUACGAUACGUAAAACCAGAUAACAUACAUUUAUUUUUAUAUUUAUAAACAUUAAAAAAGUAUAUUUUGGACUUUGUUAUUUUCAACUGCUUUAGAAAUUCUUCAAAUGCUGCUGUUUAGUAUUUCAUCAGGAAAUUUUGCUGAUGUAUUAAAAUUUGUGUGAGGGACUUUAUUUGUUGUGACUAUAUUUCAUGUUGUUAUGACUGUAUUUCAUGCAUAAGAAAUUUUGAAAGCCAUUCUCCCUUUUUUGUACAGUAGAUGUCUGUAUUGGUCUAUGAUAUUGCAAUUUAUCAAAAUGCCAUGGAGAUUAAGUAUUCUAUAUAAUCUUCUAAAAGAAUUUCUCUUUAGAAGUAACUUUAGAGAAAUGUGUGUAUAUUUGUUACAUAAAAUUGUAACUAUUUUAUGUAAGGACACAUGAUUAAAUGUAUUUAAAGGCUAAAAAGGCUGAAAUGUAUUCUGAUUAUCAAAAGGAAAGUGGAAUUACUUUAACGCAAGGUAUUUAAAUUUUUUAACUAUAUGCUUUUGUGUGUUAUAGCAUUCAUUUAAAUAAUUCAUAGCUUUAAAAACUGCUAGAUUGAUUUUUGAUCUCUUUAUAUUUUAGAAUUCAAACUUUGGAUAAUAGGUAAAACUCACUUGAUUAAGCUGAAUUAUUAUAGCCUCAUUUAUGUUCCAAUUCAUUGUAACUGAUGGUAAUGUAAAAUUUAAAUUAUCACAAAAUUAUGGUAUUGUUGUAAUUGUUGAAGUACUGUUACGUUGUAAAGAAGCAUUUAACUUGCUAUCCUGAACAGCUGAUGGCUGGCUAAGGGUUGUAAGUUGUAAUACUGUGUUUACCAGAAGAUUUCACAUUAAUAAACAUUAAAUUCUUGAAGAACAAGCCUGAAGAAUGAAUAUGAUUGUAAUGUUUAGAUUUUGAAUAGGAGUUAAUAGUUUGAGAUCUGUGUUGGUAUUUUCAUAAUUGGCAAUUGUUGAUGCAAUAACUAGUGUCCAUUAUAUGUUGAUAAUUUUGUAAUAUUAAAGAAAGACACUGUGUAAUGCAACCUGUAAUAUAAAAGGAUUUAAAAAAAUUUUAUCCUGUGAUGCUUCCAAAAUAUUUUUUAUGCAUUUUGCUUUGUGAAGAUUAAUAUUUUAGAAAUAAAAUUAUUUAUAUGAAAACUUCAUAGCUGGGUGAUGA